CAGUGUAGUCGAAACGACCUUAUCAAGUCAACAGAAUACAUGUUUUAAAAAGCUGUUCAAAUUCGGCGAAAAAAAUAAAAAGGUUAAAAUAAUCACAUUGAAUUACUACAAUGUUUGUAAAUUUCUUUCAAAUUUUCAUUUCAAUAUUGAUUUUACGAACUAUUGAGGGAAUUCGACAAAACAUAACCGGUGGUUCGUUCAUUAAAAAUAAAUAUAGUUACUCCCCUGUUAUAUUGGCUUUUGACAACGUUGGUCCACUGAUGUGCAUAAAAAACUGUUUGCUGCACAAAGGGUGCAAAGCGGUGAAUUUUAACGGAAGUCAAUUUGAAUGCGAAUUGCUGAAUGUUACCUUUCCUUAUGACAUGUUAACUGAUAUUAAAGGCUCAUUUUAUACGGAAAUAGAUGGUUGGACGAAGGAUAAAGACGGAUGCACUCCAAACCCAUGUGAAGUUGGACAACGAUGUGUCCCUGCAAUGUACAAUAACUAUAUUUGCUUGAAAAUUGAUUUACCUUGCGAUGUUAACCUAUGUCAACAUAAGUAUGGUGUAUGCAGAAAUAAAGUCAAUGGUUAUAGAUGUAUUUGUCAGGAUGGUUACUAUGGCGAUUAUUGUGAGCAUACACCAUGCACAGAUGUUAUCUGCAAUUCUGGAUCUAAUUGUUAUAUUAAUGGAUCCGAUGGAAUAUGUAUGCAACAGUCUUGAGUUUCUUUUCAAAAUAAAAAAAUGCUGUAAUUCAUAAGGGAUAGAUCAUUUACAUGUGCCGAACGUUUAUGAAUAUGGUAAUGUUUUAGGGUUAGAUGCGUCACUUUUACUUAUUCUUAACUGUAUCAUGCCUUACCACUGAGUGUGACUCAUCAACAUAUUCGUUACAUUUGUUCCAUGUGUUCAGCCACUAAACUAGCAUUCACGUUGUAAGAUUUCACCGAAACUAAUUCACACAUAAUUUUAGCCUAUUUCAUGGUGACAGUCUCCUUCA